AUAUAUAUAUAUAUAUAUAUUAGUUCAUAUCUAAAUACCAUACUUUUUGGCGUCAUCUACAUUCGAACGCAUUUAUAUCUUGAAAAUCAUUACUCAUCGUAAGCUGUUUCUUUUUUCUAUUCCAACCAGUGUGCAAAAUACUAUUAACAAUAUGAAUGAUAUUUCAUUAUAAAUUAUUUAUUGAAUUUUUCCCACUGUUGUCGGUAGUUUGACAUUAGUUUUAUUUUGUCUCAUAAUUUCGUGCUUUUCAAAUCGGUCAUCAUGUUUAUUCCAAAAUGUAGUCCACUGGCCCUGGUAACUUGUAUUUUUCCCCGGCAAUUCAUUUUUUUCUUUUAGAAAAAAUGGCAUAUAUGCACAAUACUGGACUGUUUAUAAAGGAAAGUUAGUCAGUCAUAAGCAGCGUAGCACCUGGAGAAAAUAAAAAAAUAUUGAUGUAAACUUGUAGCUGUUUAAUAUGAAUGCUCAAUCAUACCAACCAUUACGUAAUUGAUUAAAACCUCCCUAUGACUGCCACAUUCUCUGACUGGGUUGUAUUUCUAAACCUUACAUCUGGUUUCGGUUAGAGAAAUAUGUUAGUAACAUUUAAAAGUGAUUGGUCACUGAGUAGUAGUGAUCAAUGCCCUUAAUACUGAUCGGAAUCUAUCGAUCACGUCCCAGUAUGACCACUAGUCUAAGUGACUCGGCAGUCCGUGCACCAUGUUAAAAUGUUUGGUGGUGUGAUAUAGUCGAUAGGAAGUACUUUUAUUGAUCUAUUUGCAAAGUUUCCUGUCGGCUACCUCCAACUACCUAUCAUGUUAGUGAGUAACAUUCAACAGCAGUCGAUCAAUCAUAAGCAUGUAGAUACUGGGAUGGCGAUAUAAAACUAAAAGUCUAAUUAUUGUUAAUAUUAAUGAUGUUAAAAACAUCGAGGGUUAAUAAUGUUUCGAGAAGGACAAGUGCAAUAAAUAGUAUUGGAAUUAAAAUUUACAAUGUAAGGAUAAAUAAAGAAUAAAUAUAUUUUCUCCAUUCUGACUAAUUUCGAACUAUUGGAUUUCUUGUUCACACAUCAUAAAUUAUUAUAUUAUGUGACAGUCUCUGUUGAUUUCUGCUGUUCGAUUCAUCUACGAUAUACACUUUCUACACUAUACCAAAUACACUAAAUAGGGUGAGGAAACUAAAAUUAGUAGGUUUAUUGGGAAACCGAAUUAUAGUGUGCAUAAAUCGUAGGUAUAUGUACAACUUCCUUUUGACCCAGAAAAGUACAUUUAGGCUGGAAUCCUGAGUAAGUGUAUAGUCUAAUUCCUUUGAUAGAAUGCGUUGUUUAUAAUUUCUCACCUACCAUUUGAGCAUCAGAUGGCAUAUGAGCUAAGGCUCAUGAUGUUUAUAGUCAUCUAGCCUAUCAGUAUCAUCACAACCCAACCUAAUGCUCAGUAAUUUCAUGUAGUGUUGCCAAGUUUCGGUUCGACUGCUUUCAACCAGUAUUAGAAAGAUGAAUACGCUAGUUGUUAAAAGUUAUAUUUUAUACAAUAAUAGUCAAGAUAAAAUUGUAUAUUAUUUAUUAUUUCUCACGGACGAACAACUGAUAACUAAACUAGAAUCAAUGUCUCUGGCGAAAGCAAAAUAACCAAUGCCAAUGACUACUUUCUUCAUCGAGUUGACUAACAAUCCAUCUUACAGAAAAACAUAAGCAUUUAAACAUCAGUGACUGUUAGGUCUGUUGUUUUAUGAUUUACAUAGCGGGUUCAUCUUAAUUAAACAACCACUAAAAACUGGGAAGCACUGAACAACUGUUUCUUCCCACUUUUCAUUCAUGAAAUCUCCCCGGGGUGGAAACCAUUAUCUUCAUAUCUCAUGGUGAGCUCUUAAUCGAUGGACUAAUGAGUCAUGAUCUAAUCGUUUACAUCUCUAACUUCAGUCCAUUCACACUACUGCGCAACCAUCUUCCAAUGCCAUCGGUCCAUAACUGCCUCAUACUGUAGAUGACUGUAUUCCUUUAGUCACGGCUUCUCAUUAGAACUACGGGAAUCAUCCCUUGAAAUUAGUCACUAAUAAGCAAAUGAUUUUAUUCUUUAUUUCCUUUUAGAUUUUAAUUUGAGACUGCUUUCUUGUAAAUAUCUAUAACUAUUAAGAGGAUUAAAUCCGUUGAUCAACAACAUGGUUUUUCCUUGCAUCAGUUUCUUUAUCUAUUUUUCCCCUAGAUUUGCUUACACUUACUAAGUGGUGCGUAACCGAUUUGUUUAACCAGUAAUUAAACUCAAUUUUAAACGAAUAAACAAGGUUAUUUAAAUCCUUAUUUUUCUCUAACUCAUUUAUCAAGUACAGAUUUAUAUUUUUGAGCUCCAGGUCACAUUUUCCAGGUGUAGAACACCGAUACUAUCAAGAUGUUCAAAUCAGAGUAGAUGAAACAACAUUUUUUGAAUCUGUGAACUAGUAAUCACAUAUUAAAUAGUUAUUUAGCCAUUGAAUGUUUUCACUUUGUAGUUUAAUCUUUUUUUUGCUUAGUUAAACCUGUUUUAAUAAUAAAUUUAGAUUAAAACUAACUACUCUAACUAUUCCAUAUAGAAUAUUUCUUAAAAACAUAGAUAUCUUGUAGCGGGUAUUGCUUCAUCUGUGUAUGUUCAAACCUCAGUGUGUAUUCGUAAACCCAAACCAAUGUAAAUGCACACCCAGUUGGUUUCAUAUAGUGAUAUUUUUGUGGUUAGUGUUUUUUUAGCAAGAUUGUUUUUUACAGGAUGGGGUUGUUGACCGUAUGCCCAACCCUUCUCCUUUAUGCGGGCUUGUCACUGGCAGUAACUGUAAAAAGCUACAGACGGAGUUAUAUAAUCAUAUAACGUUGACCAAUUGCUUACCAAUUUGUCAAUCAAUUUAAACAAUGUGUAGAUUCAAUGAAGACUCAAAUUCAACCAGAAUCAAAUAGUCCAUCUGGAAUACGUGUACCAUCAGAUUCGGCAAAUUUACCGAAAGACAAUUUAUCAAGCCCGUUACAAAAUGGCCAAAUUCAUCCACCAAUAUCAAAUAAUUGUAGUAGUAGUAGUAGUAGUAUUCCAAUUAAUCAACCCACUACACCGACAUUAACGCCUACAUGUUUAACGACUAAUAUUAUUACUUCACAUCAAAAUUUAUCAAACCCAUUAUCUAUACAACAUGUGAAUUCCUCAUCAUUGCCUGUAACACUGACAACACAAUCAUUGACAACAACUAAUGGACAAAAUGAAAUGUAUUGUAAUCAAUCUGUACAAAAUCAAUUGAAAUUAGCUCAAGCUCAAGUGAAACGAUUAGAAAUAGAAAUCAAUCAAUUAAAACGUCAAGCUAUACCAGUAAUGGGUAGUUCAAUGAAUGGAUUAGUUUAUCCAACAAAUUAUACUAAUAUUGAACCAGGAAUAUCAAUGGAUAAUGUUGAUAGUCCUGAUCUACGAUGUGGUAUUUCACGUUUGGAAUUAGAUGGUACUAAUGGCGGUGGAGGUGCCGGUGUUAAUAGUAAUGGAGAAUGGAUAAACGAAUUGAGCAUUAGUAAUAAACUUAAACCAGUUGGUACCAUUCAUCCUUCGUUGGUACAAGGUAAUCAAAACAGACUAUUAUGGAUGGAUCGCGCAUCACAAGAUACUGUACGAUCAUUGCAUAUACGUUUAGGAAACGUAUUAAAAGAAGCCUUGGAAAUUCAUAGUCGUUUAAGUUCUCUCCUAUCGAUUCCAUCAGUAGAGUAAGAAAUUUUGUGUUCACUACUCUCACUGACUGACUACUUUUUUUCAGUCUUCCUGUAUACAUGACUUUUAAAAUAUUUUUUUUUCAUAAUUUAGUUUAGAUUUCUUAAUGUGUUGUCGAGUUGUUUUUUCUUCCGAAAUUAAUGUUUCUCUUCUAAGAUGAUGAACUUUUCCCUUUAACAACAAUACAAGCAUCUUCAGUUUAUUCUUUUUGGUAAUAACGGAUACCGUUAAAUGCCUGUUACUAUUUUAGUCAUCAUCUAUGCUGUUGUACAGCUCAUGUAAUCUACUUUUUUGCUAUACUGGUGAAAUGUAAAUUCUUUUUCAAUUUGUUACAUAAAAUAAAAUUGACUCGAAAAAUAAAUAGAAAGAACUAAGUACUGUCACUACUAUUAUUCGUACAUAAUAAUGACAAGGCCAUAACUAUCUAUCCUAAUGCAUGAUGUUUGCUUUAUUUCUCUUAACCGAUGUCUCUUAUUCCCUGCGAAUUUCCUUUUCUUCUACCUUUUAAAAUAUAAUUUGAAGAU